GGACCCACCCAAUCCCUGCUUUGACCAGUUAAAGACGUCACUUGAGGGAUGAGGAAGUCCACAAUCAGCUCUUGCAUCAAAUAUUGAUUUCGUUCAUGUCAGCUAAACUCAGCGCUACCUUUUACCCAAUAUAUUGGGGCAUGGGACUCGACUUAUGCUGAUACUCUUACAGCAUCAGGUGGAAAAUAGUCACUCCCAGCAGAUGAAUGGGCGUUAGGCUUCAGCAGAGUCUGACAGUGAAGCCAUCCACUCACUCCUCAUCAAAGGCAGAAUCCUGCAGUGUCCUCACUAAAAUACUGGGCUGCAUUCAGACUCUGAUCAUAUGUACAGAGAAAGGUGUUUAGUUACAUCAACAAGAAGGCUGAUUAGCUGAAAGGAGAAUGGACAUUGUGCAAUAUGAAUCACCGCAGGUUCAAGUCUUUAUCAGGAGUGGACAUCAGUUUUUGGACAAGGUUCGGACAUUCCUUGCAAAUGCUGUGAGAGAGGGAAGUCUCCAACAAGAAAGAGCAAGAGCCCACUUCAAAGAGAUAUUGCAUAUAAUAUUAUUUUAUGGCCAGAUUUAUCGUCUUAAGAUUGAACCAGAAGAAAUUUUGCAGGAAAGUCAGAAUGAGCUCUCUGCUAGGUAUCCAGAUGUCUUUGAGAGGUGCAGAACCCACCUUCCAACACGUCCUCCUUUCACGGUACUACUUGAUGCGAUUGUUGAUGUCGUAGGAAGAAAUGCAGAAGUUGUUUUGCAACAUCUAUUGUUGCAGGUAAAUGACAUGGAAGUUACUAAUGCUGACCAAAAUCCAUGUAGAAAUAUUUUUGUUUCAGCAGUUGUCACCUUCUGCUAUUUUUUUGAUGAAGAUACUCAAAGACAAACAGACAAUUACUUUGGUGCUUCAGUGUCAUGUGGAGAUGUAACGCAGAGAAAAAUAAUGAUCGAUAUAUUGUGCUGCCAGAAAUGGCACCAAGACAUUAGCUGGGCAGCAUGUAUUGGCAAGGUAUUGAAUCAAAAUGCCUUCAGAUUUCCUCCUCAUGUGUUCUCAAUGGCAUUUCACAUAUACACUCAGGGACAAAGGACCCAGGCAAACCAACGUGUUGAUCAUGAUCUGGUUAGACUUGGGAAUAACCCAUUGUUUGUAAUUGCCAGAAAUCUCAUGCAAUUUGGAUCCUUAGCUCCCAGGGGACCUUGUCAAAAAUGCUUCACAGUGUUCCCAAACAUUAUUUUUCAUUUACUUCCACCAGAAGGUGAACAUCCUGAUUGGGAAUAUGGAAACUGUGCAGAGUAUGAAUCACUGAGCCAGCUACUGUACUCUGAUCCGCAAAUUGCCAUGAAACUGCAACCUAACAAGUUUCGAAUUGGACGAGAUCAAUUAAUGAAUGAAAAAUAUGAACGGCUUCAAGAAAAUCUUGAAGAGUUAGAGUUUAGAUUCGGGCCUAUAAUUUCAUAUUAUAGUCCGUUAUAAGGGGAUCUGUCCUGGAAAGAUUCCAACAUUGAAAGCACAUUAGAACACACAAUAUGUCAUAUUCUUGGUCAACCAACUAAUAAUUCAACCGUUUGUAUGCAGUUGUGCAGUAUUACGCUUUAUACAAUUAAUUCAAUUCAAUGAAUAGAAAAUUCUAGGGAACAUAUUACCAAUUUUCAAAUUUGCAUUUCCUCUAUUUAUUUGUUUAUCUGGAAAGUUAUCCCAGUGCAGUGCACCAAACGCAGUAUUUGCACUUUUGAAGGUAAAAACACCUGACUUUCUCCAAGCCAAGGUAGUAAUGAGUGAUCACUAAGCUGGAACUUCCAUUGGCUUAUUACUGUGGCUCUUUUCAAGGUCAGUACUAGUUAUAAAUUCCACCUGGAGGGUAGGGAAGGGUAGAUAAAAGCCUCCUGCAGUGUAAUGUUGCAGCAUUAGUUGACCAGGUGUAACUUCUGCAGAAAUUUGAAAAUUAAUCAUAUCACUAUCUUUAAAUAGGCUAAUUUCUAUAAUUCAAUCAACUGCUUUAGAGUUAGUUGUAGUAGAAGAACUUGUCAUUUCAGAAUUAAAUAUCUCCCCAAAUAGGAAUGUGGAAUAGCCAAUAUAAUCUUUUCCCCCAUUUGAAUGACAUCAUAACAUGCUGGUCCUCAAAUUUAACAUACUUUCUGACCAUUGUCAAACAAAGUGGGGGAUGGUAUAUCCUGAUUUAGAAUAUUUUAUAUAUUGAUCUGCCAGAUGAUAGCCUAGCACAUAUUUCAGGAAUUCUAUGUCUUAUUCUGAUGACAAGAAAGUUUUAAAUAUGUAUGUGAAUGAUCUCCCAUUGAAUCUGAGACAAAUAUAUACUGUAAUUAUCUUCCUGUUUGAAUUACAGAGCUGUGCUUCUUUAUUGAGAAACAAUGCAAAGCAGAAAAAAAUGUGCUUACACAAGCUCAAAUUUAGGGAAAAACAAUCUACACAUAGCUUAAGUUUUCAAACUACAAGCUUCAUUUAGAUUUGGCUUAUUUUUCAAAUAUCACUGUUAUAACAUUCUUUUACAAUAUCACAGUUAUAGAUUGCCAGGUGACCUCAUAAAAAUACAUUGGCUAUCUUUUUCAAGUUAAUCUACCAACAAAUAAGAUACACAGCUCAUCAUCUGUCUUAGAGACUGCUAAAACAUUGGGGAAGAUUAAUCUAACAACUGUUUCUAGUUACUGUACUUUAGUUAAUUAGGAGAGAUGUGUGAAAGACAGUUAGCUUCAAGCUAAGGAUAGUAGGUAGUUAACGGAAAACAAUAUGCUAUGGUCCAUGAAGUUACAUUAAAAGAUUAAAUGGGUUUGUCUGGAGCCUGAUAAUUUUGGAACAAAAACAAAUUGCUGGAGAAACUAACCAGGUCUGGCAGCAUCUGUGGAGAGAAAGCAGAGUUAACAUUUUGAGUCCACUGACCCUUCAUCAGAACUGAUAUUAGUGUGACUAAAAGAAAGAGGAAGUACUGCGUUGUAAUGUUCUAUGUUCUAUGUUCCCUACUGACUCCGAGAAAAAUAAUAAAACAUGACGUCAAAUAUGCACUCAAAAGAGUUAGAUUUUAACCUCAGACCAUAGUUGUUUAACAUUUGAUUUGUAUCCUCAACAGUAGAAAAAUCUGGAGAGGAAACCUUGCUAUCUAUCCAUAGUUCUUCCUUGUCCCAAUGUUACUGAAAUAUGGUUUACUUGUGUAUUCUCAUGCCUAGCUUUGUUGUUUUCUGACAAGUUUGAUUUCACCAACCUUUCAUGUCCAAUAUAUACCACUUAUCAUUCAUGUGCACGUUAAAAUAGGAGGUGCCAGUUUCUUGACACCUGACUCUGUGACUGGUUCCAAUGUCGGUAAAAUAGUAAAUUCAGUUCUGACCAUUUUGUUUAUUCUACAUUGGUUUCUUGAACUUUCCUCAAUCUGUGGUCAAGUGUUUGCUGCAGCCAUUUUAAGUCAGUGCCUGAGAUAACAAGGUGUAGCGCUGGAUGAACACAGCAGGCCAAGCAGCAUCAGAGGAGCAGGAAGGCUGACGCUUCGGGCCUAGACCUUUUUUGCUAGUAUUGACAGCAUCAGAUGUGUUGGAAUUCAAGAAGAAAAUAAUUAUCUGAGUGUUGAAACUACAAAUAGUUUGUAGACAUCAGCUACACUCAAUACUGUUGGAGAAAGAAUAUCAAUUGAAUUCUACCAGAGCUUUUUGAAUUCAAUACGCUGUAAUUUUAUCAAAGUCAAUGCAAAUAAACAUAAUGCAGAGGAAA